AUGUACCGCGCGCUGUACGCGUUCCGCUCGGCGGAGCCCAACGCGCUGGCUUUCGCCGCGGGCGAGACAUUCCUGGUUCUGGAGCGCAGCAGCGCGCACUGGUGGCUGGCGGCGCGGGCGCGCAGUGGCGAGACGGGCUACGUGCCGCCCGCCUACCUGCGCCGCCUGCAGGGCCUGGAGCAGGAUGUCCUCCAAGCCAUUGACAGGGCCAUUGAGGCUGUGCACAAUGCAGCCAUGCGGGAUGGUGGCAAGUACAGCCUGGAGCAGCGCGGGAUCCUCCAGAAGCUGAUCCACCACCGGAAAGAGACCCUGUCCCGCAGAGGCCCCUCAGCCCCCAACCCUGCAGCUAUGACCCCGUCCACCAGUGACCACCACCUGGAUGCUGCUGCUGCCAGGCAGCCCAAUGGGGUGUGUAGAGCUGGAUUCGAGCGGCAGCACAGCCUGCCCAGUUCUGAGUAUCUUGGGGCAGAUGGAGGCCUCUACCAGAUCCCACUUCUGUCCUCCCAGAUCCCACCACAGCCUCGCCGAGCAGCACCCGCCACGCCACCCCCACCUGUGAAGCGCCGAGACCGCGAGGCCUUAGUGGCCUCGGGGAGUGGCGGCUGCAACACCACACCCUCUGGGGGCAGUUCUGUGUCCAGCGGCUCCUCUGUCAGCAGCACCUCCCUUGACACACUCUAUACCGGCUCCAGCUCAUCGGAGCCAGGCCCCAGCUGCUCACCCACGCCCCCACCUGUGCCCCGCCGAGGCACGCAUACCACUGUGUCCCAAGCUCAGCCCCCUCCCUCCAAGGUGCUAAACUCGGAGCCCCCUACAGAGGAGGUAGCAGUUGAUACAGCCCCAGCCCCUGAUGAGCUGGAAGCCCUGGGUGCACUGAGCCUGGGGACCACAGAAGAGAAGGCGCUGGCUGAGACUGCUGUGCCCAGGACCAUUGGGGCAGAGCUGAUGGAGCUCGUGCGGAGGAACACCGGCCUGAGCCACGAGCUGUGCCGAGUGGCCAUUGGCGUCGUGGUGGGUCACAUCCAGGCCUCAGUGCCGGCCAGCUCACCUAUCAUGGAGCAGGUCCUCCUCUCACUGGUAGAGGGCAAGGACCUGAGCACUGCCCUGCCCUCAGGGCAGGUCUGCCACGACCAGCAGCGGCUGGAGGUGAUCUUUGCAGACCUGGCCCGGCGGAAGGAUGACGCACAGCAGCGCAGCUGGGCCCUGUAUGAGGACGAGGGUGUCAUCCGCUGCUACCUGGAGGAGCUGCUGCACAUUCUGACGGAUGCAGACCCUGAAGUUUGCAAGAAAAUGUGCAAGAGGAAUGAGUUCGAGUCUGUCCUGGCCUUGGUGGCCUAUUACCAAAUGGAGCACCGGGUGUCGCUGCGGCUGCUGCUCCUCAAAUGCUUCGGUGCCAUGUGCAGCCUGGACGCAGCCAUCAUCUCCACACUAGUGUCAUCUGUGCUGCCUGUGGAGCUGGCGCGGGACAUGCAGACAGACACGCAGGACCAUCAGAAACUCUGUUACUCCGCCCUCAUUCUGGCCAUGGUCUUCUCCAUGGGGGAGGCAGUGCCCUAUGCACACUAUGAGCACUUGGGCACACCCUUCGCCCAGUUCCUGCUGAGCAUUGUUGAGGACGGGCUGCCCUUGGACACCACCGAGCAACUGCCGGAUCUCUGCAUGAAUCUACUUCUGGCUCUCAAUUUGCACCUACCAGCCCCUGACCAGAACUUCAUCAUGGCCGCUCUGAGCAAACACGCCAAUGUCAAGGUCUUCUCCGAGAAGCUACUGUUGCUCCUGAACAGAGGGGAUGACCCCGUGCGCAUCUUUAAGCAUGAACCUCAGCCGCCACACUCCGUCCUCAAGUUCCUGCAGGACGUGUUCGCCAGCCCCGCCACAGCUGCCAUCUUCUACCACACGGAUAUGAUGGCGCUCAUCGACAUCACCGUGCGGCACAUCGCGGACCUGUCCCCUGGAGAUAAGCUUCGCAUGGAGUACCUCUCCCUGAUGCACGCUGUGAUCCGCUCCACACCCUACCUACAGCACCGCCACCGGCUUCCCGACCUGCAGGCCACACUGCGACGCAUCCUAACCGAGGAGGAAGCCUCGCCCCAGUGUCAGAUGGACCGCAUGAUUGUCCAAGAGAUGUGCAAGGAAUUCCCGGUGCUGGGCGAGGCCCCCAGCUAG